UUUACUUUAGAACAUUUAGUGGAAAUAAUGAAAUUGAUUAUAUUAAUUACGUUAUCAUGGACGACAUUGGCGUUUGCUAGAGAUUGGUGGGAAUUUGGUAACUACUAUCAAGUUUAUCCUCGAUCAUUUCGUGACAGUGACGGAGAUGGAAUCGGUGACCUGAAUGGUGUUACGGAAAAAUUACAGUAUUUAAAGGAUAUUGGAUUUACAGCCAUUUGGCUGUCACCCAUUUUCAAAUCACCCAUGGUGGAUUUUGGUUACGACAUUUCUGAUUUUUAUGCAAUACAUCCCGAAUAUGGAACAAUGGAAGAUUUUAAAAAUUUACUAAAGAAGUCCAAAGAGAUAGGUAUGCGUGUUAUUUUAGAUUUUGUACCAAAUCAUACGAGUGACGAAUGUGAGUGGUUCCAAAAAUCUGUAAACCGUGAGGAAGGCUAUGAGGACUUUUAUGUCUGGCACAAUGGAACUAUAGACGCCAAUGGAAAUAGACAGCCGCCAAGUAAUUGGAAAAGUGCAUUCCGUUAUAGUGCCUGGGAGUGGAAUGAGCAACGACAACAAUACUACUUUCAUCAAUUUUCCAUCAAACAAGCUGAUUUAAAUUAUCGCAAUCCUUUAGUGGUGGAAAAAAUGAAGGAGGUAAUGCGCUACUGGUUAGAUUUGGGCAUUUCCGGAUUUCGUAUUGAUGCUCUUCCCUUUAUGUUCGAAUUUGGACCCGAUGAGAACGGUAAUUUUCUCGACGAACCAGUAAUUGAUGAUGUCAGCGUAUGUCCCGAUCCCGAAGAUUGGUGUCAUCUGAAUCAUACCUAUACACAAAAUCAACCUGAAUCCAUUGAAAUGGUCUACCAGUGGCGUGAACUGACAACACAAUAUAAAAAAGAUCAUGGCGGUGAGACUCGCCUACUUCUUACCGAGGCAUACACAACGUUCGAAAAUUUAAUGCUAUACUACGGCAAUGGCAUACGCAAUGGUUCCAUGAUUCCAUUCAAUUUUUAUUUCAUGCAGAACAUCCUCAAAACCACUACAGCCGCAGAAAUCAAGGAUUUAAUUACCAAGUGGCUAAAUACUAUGCCCAAGGAUGUACUGGCCAAUUGGUUGUUGGGAAAUCAUGACAAUCCUCGUUAUUCCACCCGCUUGGGUGAAGGUCGUAUGGACUUGUUCACAAUUCUUGUACAAACUUUACCUGGUAAUGCUGUCACCUAUUAUGGAGAGGAAAUUGGUAUGGUUAAUGGAAAAGUAACAUGGGAGGAAACUGUCGAUACUCAGGGCUGUAGUGCCAGUCCUCAAACAUACGAAAGCUAUUCACGCGAUCCAGAAAGAACCCCCUACCAAUGGGAUGCCUCAAACAAGGCUGGAUUUACCAGAGGUGAUCAGACAUGGCUGCCCGUUGCUUCUAAUUAUUUAUACAGUAAUGCUCUUAGUCAACUGCGAGCUCCCCGCAGUCAUUUGUUACUUUUUAAAAAAUUAAUCAAAUUACGUCAAGAGCCUUCAAUGCGCGAGGGGGCACUUAACAUACAAUCGAUACUUGACGACAUUCUUAUCUACUCUCGCUACACAAGCGGUAGUGACAUGUACGUCAUUGUAUUGAAUUUGGGCAACAGCACACAAACUUUCAAUAUCAAUAACUAUUUUAAUAUUGGCAACGAAGCAGAAGUUAUUUGUUCCUCGAUGCAGUCAAACUACAUUGAUGGACAAAUCAUAGAUUCCACCAAAUUUGAAGCGGAGCCAGAAGUUGGAGUAGUUCUAGCAAAUAUAUGAAUAAACCCUUAACAAAAAAAAAACUAUUAAUUGAAUAAAAGUUUUCUAUAUAUUCAACAUUCAUUAUUAUUGUUUGGCCAUAAAUAAAUCGAAAUUAUAUAUUUAUGUAAACCUCA